AAAUGAGCAGCAAAAUCUCCAGACGAUCGCUAUCGCCGAUGGACCACACUUCCAAUCAAGAUGGCGACCAACAACUCCCCGACCUCACAUGGAUCAUGGUUACCAAUCCGCACCAGUCCAAGGAUAAAGAGAUGAUGAGGAACGUUCGCAUAAAAGUCAUGAACGACUACCUCACCAAGGAGCGACGCAACCCAAACAGUACAGAUGCUCGUGUGCGACAUACUAUCAAGCGCUCCAAGACCAGCACGUCACCAGAAACGAGGAAGAAGUCAUACCUUACUGGAACGAGAAGUCAAUCGCCGCGUGCUAAAGACUCGGCAAUAAACUCUGCUCCCUCAUCACCCGAGACAACACACAUGCCGACGCAUUCGGAAGCAGAUAUAGAGUCUUUAGGCGAUACAGACUCGAUGGCGCUGAUAUCAAACACAAUUCCGAAUGUACGACUGGCAGGCAUCGGUGCAAAACUGGAUGUCUUCAAUGCGACUCCGAGAUUUGAUGGAGAGAAUAUCGAUGUGCUUAUGUUGAAGUACAACUGUACCCAGGCCAUGUGCAAGAAAUGGGUCCCAAUGUUGUUCGCUGGUCAAGCAACAUUUCUCAGCACAUUGUGUAUAUCGUCCGCGUACCUUGACAUGAUGCACAUGGACUUUUCACACACGCUGACAGCAAAUUCGAUCGAGUCUGUACGAACUCUGACAGUCAGGGAGCAGACCGUACAACUGAUUGGCAAGCGUCUGUCCGACCCAGAGACCUGCUGCAACGACGCAAACAUAGUCUCGGUCGUACACCUUCUNUUUGGUGAGAUGAUCGUGGCAUGCCCGCUGGCCUUGCAAUGGCAUGAAGACGGAUUACAUACAAUGGUAGAAUACAGGGAAGGUCUGGACAAUUUGGGAGGAAAUGGUCUCCUGGCUUCGAUGGUCACCAUUCAGUUCUUCGAGGUCUCAGUGCUUCGCGAGAGUCGUCCUCGACAGCAAUAUCUCGACUAUGCCCGCCGUAUCUCCGAUCUCUCGACGCAAAGUCGUGUCUCCGCAGUCCCAGAAACGCCUCUAUACUAUUCUACAGGUCUCCAUCACACCCUAGCCCGAACACGACGGUGCAGUGAAGACACAUUGGACCUCAUAAACUACAUACGAGACCUUACACAAGCCGUCGUCCACCUUGCGGAUGCGUCCGCAGCAGACUCCCCCGACAGCGGAACAUUCGGACCCCAAGAAGCGAGGAGGACGUACACAGAACUAGAAAUACAAGCACUGCACAGAAAGAAACACAAAGCUGUAGAGCAGAUCGUCGCACUCAAGCCUCGAGACGAUCCAGUCUACGAAGCAUUGCGCCUCUGCGCUCUGCUCUACGCCACAGCCAUUCACUGCAACAUGCCUCUCUCAAUCACUGCCCGUAGCUUCCCAAGUAAGAUUGUGAUACAGAUCAGAGACAACCUCCUCCGUACAGACCUCUCAAACUGCUGGGACAGCAUGGUGGGCAUGCUAUUCUGGUGCACAAUCAUCACUGGAGCAGCAUGCAACGACGCAGACGACGAUGAUAUUGAGGUGCUGGCAACCAAGAAGUGGAUGGUGGCCCACGCGAUCAGAAGCUCGAUUUUGCUGCUAUUCCAGCACACUCACGCCAUGGUAAGGAUGUUAAGGACGAUAUUGGUCGUGCAGAAGGUGUUGCGAUGUUCGGCAGAAGAAGCUGAGAUA